AUGAGAAGUGGUUCUACUCGUACACCAUCAACCGUAUCGACUGCAUCAACAGCCUCAACAGCAUCAACCGCAUCAACAGCCUCAACAGCAUCAACAGCAUCAACACCCUCAACAGCCUCGACAACAUCAACAGCAUCAACCGCAUCGACAGCUUCGACAACAUCGACAGCACCGACAGCACCGACAACAUCGACAACAACGACAACACCUGCAACAACGACAGCACCGACAACAACGACAACACCUGCAACAACGACAGCACCGACAACAACGACAGCACCGACAACAACAGCAAGUUUGAGUGGAAUCUAUUGGAAUGCAACUCGUACUCAAUAUUGGGGUACUGGUUCAUCAUCUGGUUUAAUAACUGGUAGUUUGAAUCAAACAUCUAUGCCAACUGGCUUAUAUAUAGACUCAAAUAAUAACCUAUAUAUUGGUGAUAGUGGCAACGAUCGCGUUAUAAUGCAAUCUCUUAGUAUUACUACUAAUGCUCCUGGUGGUAUUAUUGCAGCCGGCAGCACUAAUAUAAGCGGAAACUCCUCAUUCUCGAAUUUAUUUUCUACGGGCGUGCGUUAUUUAUUUGUCGAUUCAAGUCAAAACCUUUAUGUGGCUGAUGCUUUCAAUAAUCGUGUUAUGCGUUGGGCAAGUGGUGCUUCCAGUGGUCUGAUGGUGGCUGGAGAUGGAACUUUUGGUUCCACACUAAAUCAAGUAUAUAGUCCAUAUGGUAUAUGGGUAGACUCAAGUUUAAAUAUAUUUGUUGCAGAAUAUCAACUGCAUCGUGUAACGAAAUGGGCUCCAGGUGCAACGGCUGGAAUUAUUGUUGCUGGCAUUUCGAAUUCCGCAGGUAAUACAACGAACAAACUGGCGUACCCCGCUGGUCUGUAUUAUGAUGAAGCAAAUCAAGAUUUAUAUAUUGCCAACUCCGCUACAUCGACUUCUACAGUAAUGAAAUGGCAUAUUGGUGAUUUAAAUGGUACAGUCGUAGCAGGUGUUGCCGGAGCUUAUGGAAAUACAGCAACACAAUUAAAGUCACCAAUGGGAAUAACACUAGAUCAAUGGAAUAAUUUAUACGUGGCUGAUCGAUCAAAUAGUCGAGUUCAACUAAUUUGUAAUGGCACUACAACAGGUAUUACUAUUGCAGGAAGUGGUGCUAGUGGAUCUUCUGUAACUACUAUCAGUGCGCCAUAUGAUGUCAAAUUAGACUCCCAACUUAAUUUAUAUGUCUCUGACAAUAGUGGAAGUCGAAUUUCAAAAUUUCGUAAAUAUUAA